GUACCUAUGUACCUAACCUAGGUCACUUACUGUCACGUGACAGAUGUGACGAUGAAAUAAACGCCAGUCACGUGAAUGAUGCUCAUCCUGAAUCAAGAGCUGUCAGACAUCGCUAACCCCGAAGUAUGGUAAGGCCGGAGCUAACAAGGCCGUUUAUUGGGUCUGGUUGGUUGGAGAGUGCCACUUACAUAGCUGAGUUACCUACCUAUCUCUUAUACAGGUGCCAGGUGCCUAGAUUGGUUAGUAAUCUAGGUAUACAGAGACUCAUCGUCGAGUCACCGCCUAGGUACGUACCUAAGGUACACGGCCCUUAUAAUGGUCUCAUGCGAUUUGCUUUUGAUAUCAAGCGGCAUAAAUAUGGCCCUUGAGACGCGCGAAAAUGGUUGAGAAAUUCCCCUAACUACUGCCAACAACCCUUAUAUCUAUCUACCUACACACCUACCUAUGCGCCGAGUAGGUCGACUCGCAUAAACAGGUAUCUACCUAACAUAGGUAUCUCCUCAAAACACCACACCCAGCAAGACAAUCUCAAACAGUCAAGCUCUCACUUCCUCCCAUGCCCCCCAACCUCACAACCACAUCCCAACCUCAAACCACCACCAUGGACCCCUCACCCUACCCAUACCCCCUACCCCCCGGCGUCCACGCCAUCCCCCCCUCAGAACUCGACCUCCGCCCAGACACUUUCAUCGACGCCGCCAUCACACACCCGCCCCCCGUCACCUCCGCCAAAAACAUCUGGUUCUUCUGGCACAGCGGCUACCUCGCCAUGCACGCAUACACGCGGCGCAACAUCCGCGCCUGGCACCGGCGGUUUUCUCCGCACGGCUGGGCCGUCCGCGUGCUGGACCUGGUCCCGGGGUCCGCGUCGCACGUGUACCGGUUCCUUGACCCCAGCACUCCUAUCACCUCCACCUCUACCUCUACCUCUACCUCUGCCACUCCAACCUUCCCAACCGCCUUCACAACCUCCACCCUUUCGGGCCCCUACGCGCCCCAGCAUACCUCCGACCUCGUGCGCUUCCCGCUGCUCCUCCGCCACGGCGGCGUCUACGCCGACGUCGGGCUCCUGCAGAUCGGGGACCUGGACCUGCUCUGGCGCACCACCGUCGGCGACCCCUCCUCCCCCUACGAGGUGCUCUCGUACAACAUCGGCGGGGUCGGGGGUCGGAACCUGACGAAUUAUUUCCUGGGGGCGUUGCCGGGGAACCCCUUUUUCGAGCGGUGUCAUCGGCUGCUGGUUGCGCUGUGGGAGGGGGUUGGCGACGGUGACGGUGAUGGGGAAAAAAAAGGAAAGCCGAAGACCAGCACAGAGGGCAUGCACCGCAACCCGCUCCUGCGCGGCGUCCCGCUCAUGGGCGGCACCUUCACGAUGCUCGUCGAGACCGACGAUGGCGAGGAAGAGCAGUAGCAGCAAGGAAAAGGAGAGCCAAAACGGUUCAGCGCGCAGGAAUCCGGCGCGAAGCUGACAGACUACAUCAUCCAAGGACAAGCUAUGUCUCUCGUCGCCGGGCUCCUGGACACCUCCGACUCCGACGACUCGGGUGGGGGGUGGGAUGGCCCGCGCUACAUGGCCUCGCACGUGUACGCGAUCGAGUACAUGGAAGGCUCGCAGCUGAUCAACCAACUCACAAACUGGGACGGGCGGCGGGCGUUCGAGCUCAUGUCUCUCCCCCUUCCCCUCCCAAACUCCGGCGAAGAAGAAAGCGCAGACCAAAAACUAGCGCGGGAGAUCGUGGAGACGUGUCUGCGUCGGAGCUUCGGGUUCAAGCUGGCCCACGGGAUCAUAUUAAAGGUGUUCGAGUGCACCUUGGGAUCGAUGUGGAGGAGCCACGAGGGCUCGGACGAUGUGCCGGGGACGUAUGCGCAUUGGCUGCGGCACGGGACGAUAUAUUGGGCCCCGGACGAGCUGCCCCGCAGGUUAGAAUUUCAGGUGAUUGAGCCUUUUAAAAGGGGGCGGUUAUUAGGAUAAGUGGUUGUGAUUUUAUUUAGAUAGAUAUUGUACAAAAAUAGCGUAAAAAUACAAGUUAAGCA